AUGGCCCCUUCUGCUAUCACCAACUCUCCUCCUCAGCGGGCUGCUCAGCCUUCGACUACUGCCACUGCUUCUGCUCUCUCCCAGGCAGACGGCCUCGCUGUCCAGCCUCCUCCCAACUUCACCGGCUAUGACCACAUAACCUGGUGGGUUGGCAACGCCAAGCAGGCCGCCUCGUAUUACACCAGCCUGUUCGGCUUCAAGACCAUCGCCUACAAGGGCCUCGAGACUGGCAGCCGGUACUUUGCCUCGUACGUCGUCGCCAACAACGAUGUCCGCUUCGUCUUCACCUCGCCCCUGCGAUCCGAAGCCCACUUCCCCGACGAUGAGCCCAUCUCCAAGUCGGACCGGAAGCUCCUCAAGGAGAUGUACGCCCACCUCGAGCGCCACGGCGAUGCUGUGAAGGAUGUUGCCUUUGAGGUCGACAACGUCGAGGGUGUAUACUACAAGGCCGUCGAGGAGGGCGCCAUUGCCGUCCAGGACCCCUUGGUUACCAAGGAUAAGGAGCACGGCUCCGUCUCUACCGCCGUCAUCUGCACAUACGGCGAUACCACUCACACUCUGAUCUCCCGCCAGAACUACACCGGACCCUUCCUCCCCGGUUUCCGCGCAGUCAACAAGAAGACCGCCUCUGUCUCCAUGCCGGACGUCCCCCUGGCUCGCAUCGACCACUGCGUCGGCAACCAGUCCUGGAACGAGAUGGUCUCGGCCUGCGCCUUCUACGAGCAGUGCCUGUCCUUCCACCGCUUCUGGUCCGUGGACGACUCGCAGAUCUGCACUGAGUUCUCGGCCCUGAGCUCCAUCGUCAUGGCUUCUCCCAACAACGUCGUCAAGAUGCCCAUCAACGAGCCUGCCCCCGGCAAGAAGAAGUCCCAGAUCGAGGAGUACGUCAUCUUCAACUCGGGCCCUGGCGUCCAGCACAUCGCCCUCCUCACCCCGGACAUCAUCACCUCCGUGUCUGCCCUCCGCGCCCGAGGCGUCGAGUUCAUCGACGUUCCCUCGACAUACUACACCGCCAUGCGCCAGCGCCUCAAGACCGAGCGCCGCAACUGGGAGCUCAAGGAGGAGUUCGAGACUCUCGAGCGCCUCAACAUCCUCAUCGACUACGACGAGGGCGGCUACCUCCUCCAGCUCUUCACCAAGCCCCUGAUGGACCGCCCCACCGUCUUCAUCGAGAUUAUCCAGCGCAACGACUUUGACGGCUUCGGCGCUGGCAACUUCAAGAGCUUGUUCGAGGCCAUUGAGCGUGAGCAGGCUGAGCGCGGCAACCUGUAG